AUGACUCAAUUUAUAUCAUUAUUCAGAGAUAGGUUGAUAGGUGAUACUCAUUAUGAAAACAGCAAACUGAAUGCCUUGACUGAGAACAAUGCACAACUAUUUCGUAGAAUAUCAAAGCUUGAAGAAUCGUUAAAUUCACUAAAGAGUUUUAGAGCAGUUGAAACAACACAGUAUGAAUUAAAAAACAAAGUUAAUGGAAGUAUUGUAAGUGACAAUUACUCUUCCCUUUUCUUUCAUAAUUCACCUGAACAAACAACAUUUGAUCAUCAGAAAAAUUUAUAUUACAAUUUAGAAACAAUAAAUUUUGACAAACGAUUAGAAGCUAUGGAAAAGAAAUUACGCAAUCUGUUUGUUGAAACAAAUACACCAGCGUCAACAGAUGUUUUAAAUAAAUAUGCUGUAAAAAUUGUCACAGAAACUUAUCAUCCACUUACAACAUUCAAUCAAAAUUGUAAAGAGUUUUGUCAAAGUGCAAAACAAACUUCUUCAAGAUGUAAUGAUUGUUUACACUUGGAUUUGAAUGAUUUACAAUCUUGUAAUCAAUCAGCUCGUAGUAAUCGUACAGUUCAAACGGUGGAUAUUUUUAACAAGUAUCAACAUAUUGAUAAAUCAGUUCAAACAGCAUAUUAUGAAUCGAUAAAUAUUGCGACAGAUCCAAAAUAUUCCAAUGAAGAGGCAACAUUUACAAAUGAAAAUCGAAUUAUGUCGAAACCGUAUAAGUUAAGCGCAUUGGAAAGGAAUAAUCAAUUUACCAAUUCUGUCCUUCCUAAUCAUCAUGUUAAUCGUGUUAAUAAAGUAAUGAUCUAUGGAAAUGAUAAUAUUUUAAAAGAAGACAACGAUGAUGAUGAAUCCAUUUCUAAAUUUACAUCCAGUGAAUAUCUUGAUAUUAUGGGAUCACCUGAUUCUGAGGCGAGUCGAUUAAAACAAACCUAUUAUAAUAAAGGUGAAAAAAUUGGUUUAAAUCAAUUGAGACAAACACAUAGUUUUGAAUCUGGACUGAACAAUGAUGAAAGUUAUACAGAUAGUGAAAAAAUUCCUGCCACUUCAAGAUCAUAUAAACGAAAUCAAACUUUUGAAUCAAAUUUUCAUUAUGGAACUAUAAGACCAAGUAUACACAAUUCUCGAAAAGCAUCUACAUUAGAAUCAUCUUUUGAAACAAUAUAUGAUCAGACAAAAUUAUGCUAUAAACUUUAA